GCACGCCUGACGGGUACGAAGUUCAUCGUAGACCUGCAGUACACGGACAAUGGCAGGUGCGCGUUGGACCCCUCGUCGCCGCCCGUGCACGACUUUCCAGAGUUCGAGGGUUACAUCGCUUGCAUGACUAUCAAGGCCGCCCGGUCGUGGACCACGCUGGAGCGCACCAGCGUCGUGGGCGCGGGCCCGAGCUGGGGCGGCCUGCUCCCGCGCGGGACACGCUGCGAACAGCGGUCCAACCCCAGGAUCCACCCAGCCAUGUGGAACUAG